AUCUAAUGAUUACCCUAAAUAGGCUAAUGUGUUUUUCUUGUAAAUUGUUCAUUAAUUACUAAUAUAUUUACUGAGCCCAUGACUUUAAACAGAAUGGGAGGAGCCAAUGAUGUUUGGGAUGAAAUCCAAAAUGAUGACUAUUUAAAACAAAUAGUUUACAAGGACUCCAGUACAGAUCAACCGGUGUCUUUGACCUCAGUCCAAGCAAUCAGUGCGACAUUGGCAGUAUCAGAACAACUGUCUAGAUUAACGCAUGGAAUCAACCUGUUGGAGCGGGAGUUGCACGUCCAGGUAUUGGAGAAUCAUGAACAUCUGGUCUCUCAGGCAAUGUGGGUCGACAGGCUGGAGACCAUACUUGCCGACAUGCAGGCCAAUGUCCAGAGGCUUCUAUCGUCUGUGGAGCGAUUAAGAAGUAAAGUGGUGGAACCUUUCAACAAGCUGGAGACGCAGACGGUGAUGUUGUCUCGGCUGCACGCCACCUCAGAUCUAUUACGGCGUACGUCCCGCAUACAGCAGCUGACUAAACGGUUGGCAAAUAGCGAUGCUGUGCGUGCAGCAACUAUCAUAAAUGAACUAGAUGAGUUGUGUCGAGACGUAGACCUGUCCGGCCUGGACAUCCUGCAGGAAGACUUGCGUCUGAUGAGGACAGAGACACAGCGAGUGGAGCGAGAGGCACAGCAGAUGCUUGCGCAAGGUCUCAACACCCUCAGUCAGCAAGAGGUGGCAACAGCAUUCCAAGUGUUUCACAGUUUGGGGACUGAAGAGCGAGAGGUCAAUCAGCUGUUGGAGAAAACAUUGGCCACAAUCAAGAGCAGUGCCGAGAAGGCCCUUGACAUCCAGAACCUCAAUCAAAACUCCACCACUCAAGAUAGAAACGCUAAAGCUAAAGUAACACCAGGCAGAGCUAGUGGCAGUACGUAUCCUGGGAAUAUUACAAACUUUCGUAAUGCUCUAUGGACUGGAUGGGAACAGGUGCUUUCGUCACUCAUUUUCACCCACUGCUGCCAGAUCGCCCUUGUGCAAAAAGUUCUAAGGAACUCCCAAGGUAUAAAUGGCUUCACCGCAACAUCGGAGAAAGGCAGUGAUAUUGUGUUGACGUUUUGGAACAAGACAAAUGAAAUGCUUACGAAACAACUCUCGGAGGCAGCUCAGAGUUCGUCAUUUGUAAAACAAGCAUUAGAAGGGGAGUAUCCGAAAUUGUUAAGGCUACACUUAGACCUUCAUAAGAGACUUCAGGCAGAUCCCAUCACUUCCAACCUAUUCCCGAACACGGGAGACUGUGGCCACCAGUUUGAGACAGCAUACCUGUCAAGGUCUAUAGCUAGGCUGCUGGAUUCUGUCCACGGCAUGUUCAGCUCGGAGUCUCCUCCCACUACGGAGCAGGUGGACAUCCUCAUUCGCACCAUCACUAAUGAGCUGAGUGUGUCGCUAGUGGAGGACGCUCUGAGUCUGACUGUGGCCCGCAACAUCGGGAAAGCGAUACAACUCUUCUAUCUCAAGGGAGAGCAGAUGUUGUCCGUAGGCGGAGAAGCUACUCAGGUCAUAGAGCCUCCAACUGCCGGGCAGAUGCUGAAUGUCAGUGUUGCCAACAUUGUCUACUACCUGAUGAACCAGGUGCGCCGCGUGGUGACUAACAUGGCGUCCAGCCUCCCCGCAAGCUCCACGGGUGAACUGAACAAGUCACUGGCAAACGCUGACAGUUUAACGCGCCAGAUACUGGCGCCCCUGGUGGCCUCGAUCCAAGACUCCAUCGAGGCUAUCAUCCUCACCAUACACCAGGAGGACUUUAAUAAGGAAGAAAGUAGCCAGGGGUCUUCACUGUACAUGCGAGAGUUGCAAUCAUUCGUCCAGAGAGUAGUGUCGACCUACUUGAGUCCGUUCCAACACCACCAGAUUGUGCUUGAAAGCCAGCAAGAACUAGCUUCUCAGUGUCUCGAACUGUUCCUACGUCACGUGAGUCUGGUGCGACCCAUCAGUCCUUCAGGCCGUCUCCGACUGGUAAACGACAUGAAGCAGAUAGAGGUGGCGUUGGCCCCACUGUGUAAGCAGUUGUCAGAGCUGGGUCGAGUGUAUCGCCUCCUGAGGUCGUUCCGACCCCUGGUAGAGGCAGAGCCUCAGCACCUGGCUGACUGUGAAUUGCUGGGAGACCUCGUACCUCACAGUCUUGCUCUCAUGUCUCUCUUCAGCAGAGCACCGCCAGAGCUUCCUUCUCCACAUCAGAGUGCUAACUGGUCGGUGGCCAGGCUGUCUAAGUGGCUCGACCAGCACAAGAGCGAGAAGGAGAGACUGGAGCUACUCAACGGAGCUUUACAAAAAUACCAGCAGAUUGUGCGCAGCCAGAAUAAGGCGUCCUUCCAUCCUGUCUACCCAGUCAUGAUGUCUAUUCUGGAGCAGGGCUUGCAGUAUAUAUCAAAUCAAUCUUCUUCAUAAACUGUUAUACUUUUUAUAUAAUAUAUAAAAUAUAUUUAUCAUUCAUGGUA